AUGACAAUCGAAUUUGUGGUAAAUCUGGAAAAUCACAAGAGAAGAAUAUGGAGCAUUUGUUGGAGCCCUGAUGGAAAUUUCCUGGCGUCUGUAGGAGCAGACAAAUAUAUAACCAUAUGGAUGAAAACAAAUAAAGACAAAAUAAAAAAAACAAGUGAAAGCAAUAAAGUUUGGAAGAAAUUUAAAAUGUUCGGAGAAGGCACACACAAAUCAGGCAACAUAAAAUUUGAUAUAUAUGAUAUUAUAGAAACAAAUCAUGAGAAAUCACUUAGGCAUAUUGAAUUUUCUCGAGAUGGAAGCUUCUUUGUUGUUGCAUCUUUUGAUUCGAAAUGUUCUAUUUAUAAAAAAAAUAAUAAUGAUAAAUGGGUUUUUUACAAAUCUUUGGAGGGGCACGAAAAGGAGGUUAAAUGUGCCUCAAUCCAUCCCACCAACAAGUACAUAGUAACCUGCGGAAGAGACAAAAGCAUAUGGAUACACGCCAGGACGGAUGAAGUCAGUAAGGAAGACGACAAGCACGAUGCUAGCGCUACAAAGGGGGGGAAAAUACUCACAAACGAGCUGCAAAACGAGGAACAGGUAAAAGAGGAUUCACAGAAUGUCGUGCAGACGGAGGCACAAUGUAGCAACCAUGGGGAUGAGCAGACGAAUGCAGAGCCCCCAAAAUCCAAUAACCAAUUGGACGUCGACUUCGACUUCAACUUUGAUGCUUAUCUAACGGGGCAUUCCGAAGACAUAAAAUUCGUCGCCUGGUGCCCUCUCAGCGAAAACACAUUCAUCUCGCUUUCGUAUGAUAACUCUUUAAAAAUUUGGAAUAAACAAAUAAGCGAGUGGAGUUGCGUACAGACCCUAAAUGAACACACAUCUGUGGUGUGGUGUGUUGCAUUCAAUUUUGAUGGUUCUGAAUUCGCAACCUGUUCAGAUGAUAAAUCUAUAAGAAUAUGGAAGAGUGAAAAAAAGGUUUGGUACAAUAAAAACAAAUACCCUUUUCUCUACGAACAUGUAGUAAAGGAAGGAAGGAAAUCAUCAAAUGAAAGCUCCUUGUGCGCGCUUAUAAAUAAGCCGAAUAACACAAUAGGGGGCACUGCCACUGGGGUGAAGAAGGUAUUCGGAAAUGAUAGCCGAGGGUAUAGUAACCAUAAUAGUAAGAGCAGUGCACAUGGAAAGGGAUCCAACGAACGAAAUUUUCUCGAUAGAACAGCAAAACUGUUUCGAAAGAUAAGAAAACCGACGACCCAAGGGGCUGGUGAGAAAUCCUCCGAUGGUCCAUCCAGUUUCUCUAUAUUAGAUUAUUCAAAGGAAGAGAAAGAGGUGAGGACAGCCUUGAAGGUAGUUGUGCAGAAUAAUUUUGUCCCAUUGUAUUUCGAUCAUGGCCUUUUCAAAUUUGUUUACAAGUACUCUGAUAUGGAAGGGGGGAAAGAAGGGGCAGGUGCACUGGGUGAUACUUCGGCUGAGAAGAGAGAGGAUAAAGGAGCUGAUUCGGAAAAGGAAUCCCCAAGUGGGGCACAUCUCAUCGCGAAAAACGAACAGGAAAACGAACAGGAAAACGAACCGGAAGAUGAAACGAAAGAUGGAACGAAAGAUGAAACGAAAGAUGGAACGAAAGAUGAAACGAAAGAUGGAACGAAAGAUGAAACGAAAGAUGAAACGAAAGAUGAAACGAAAGAUGGAACGAAAGACGAACCGAAGGACGACGAGUGCACCUCUAAGGUGUCCAAAGAUGGAGUCGAUCGACCCAACACACAAGACGAAGAUAUGCCGCACAAGGACGAGGAAAACGAAGAGUUAAAAUUGAGCAACGAGGAAAAGACUAACAAAGAAAGUGGAUGUACCACCACGCAAGACGAACAACAAACGAGUAACCCAAUAUCAGAAAACAACAUCUCCUCUAUGAACAUAAUUCCAAAUCUUAGUGACAAAGAAAAAGAUUUAAAAAAUGUAUCGUUCGAUGACUGGAAAAUAAAACAUGUGAUAGAAGGAUACCACAAGAGAAGCAUUAGCUACCUGGACUGGAACUCGUACGAGGAUUUAAUUGCGGCGUCCUCCUUUGACAACUCUUUGAAAAUAUUUCAGAAAAAAGUGGAUACGUGGAAUUUGAUAGAGAAUAUCGAAAAUGCUCAUUUGAGUGAUGUCAAUUGUGUCGUGUGGUGCCCUCAGAAGUACCAGGACUACUUUUUGUUGGCCACCGCCGGCGAUGACUGCGUUAUUAACAUAUGGAAGUACACGAAGGGGUAA